CGUACUGUGAAGUAACUUUGCUUGUGUCAGGAAGUGGUGUGUUCUUAUCAAUUGGUGUUAAAAAAAGUCGAGCAGACAAUGAAUCAAGCGCCAGUGUCGUGUAUUCCCAACACCAAAAUGUCGAAGGCGCGUAAAGUCAUCGACGAAGCGAAGGAAAUCCAGAAUCCUGAGCUGGAUUUGGCCGAUAAAGGGAUAGCACACUUCGAGGAGAUGCCUGGCCUGUUUAAUAUGGUAAACAUCACGAGACUGACUCUCAGCCAUAACAAAAUUCAAGCUGUACCUCCAGGCUUAGCAAAUAUGGUUAAUCUGGAAAUCCUAAAUUUAUUCAACAACCAAAUUGAGGAAUUGCCAACAUCCUUAUCAUCAAUGCCAAAACUGAGAAUUUUGAAUGUGGGAAUGAAUCGUCUGGAUUCGCUACCACGCGGGUUUGGUGCAUUUCCAGUGCUGGAAGUUCUGGACCUCACGUACAACAAUCUCAAUGAAACUGUCCUUCCUGGGAAUUUCUUCAAGCUUGAAACUCUUCGUGCUCUGUACCUGGGUGACAAUGACUUUGAAACUCUAUCACCUGAGAUAGGACAGCUAAAGAAUUUACAAAUUCUGGUGCUGCGUGAGAACGACCUGGUGUCGCUGCCAAAGGAGAUAGGGGAGCUGCACCGGCUGCGCGAGUUGCACAUCCAGGGCAACCGACUGACUGUGCUGCCGCCGGAGCUCGGUCAGUUGGAUCUCAUCAGCAAUAAAUCAGUCCUGAAGAUGGAGAACAACCCGUGGGUCGCACCGAUCGCAGACCAGCUGCAAGUCGGUGUCUCGCACGUCGUCGACUACAUACGAUCUGACACUUACAAGUUUGUUUACAAUCGACACAUGCAGACAGAGACUCCACCACCACCAAGGACAAACGACAAGAGGAUGAAAAUCUCGAGACGCCAACAGAGUUAAUCUCGGAAAACUAUUUUGGAAAUUAGCUACUGAAAUAUGUAGCCAGUGUCACGAAUGAUGGACUAAUGCUAUGUUUAUAGAUUAACAGAGUUAGUGUCAUUUAAGGAUUUUCCGAGUUGGCUCCACAAAACUUUAUAGGUUUUUAACUGUGAGGGCUAUCUGGAAAGUAACCUCCUUUAGGCUAUAAAUAAAACAGUGCAAUAGUUAAAGAA